AUGUUCUAAUCGUUUGAUGACUUAAACCUGUCAUAGCACGAGUAUUAACAAUAAGACUCACCUCCAGAGCGCAAUUACUAGUAUGACUAUGAUGAGUAUGGGUGGACUGAAAAAUCUAUGAUUAGAUUAUGUUAUGACUAAAAUCCUAAUAUAAACAGCCCAUAUACUCUUCAUAAAAAAAAAGUGCUCUACGAAUUAUAAUUAAACUCCAUGUGCUUUGAAAAUCUAGAAGAAGAAAAUCAAUCCCCCUCCUAGAAUUCUUUUCAUUUCAUUAAUGAUGCCUGUUCACAGAGACCUAUUGCUUGUAACGAUUCUUCACAAAUUCUUGUUGAAGGUUAACAAAAAAAUGCUCAUGAGUAGGAAAAUCUAUUUAUUGACACAAAUUCAACCUAUCAUAUUAAAGAUCAAUAUACAUAAUCACUUUGCCAGGCCUUAGAAGGAGAAGAUCCGUCAAAAAGUAAGUGGGUUUGCAAAUUAUGUCAAAAAAGGUGUUCCAGUCAAGGUGCUAUAACUAAUCAUUUAAAAGUCAUUCAUUUUAAUUUAAAAAAAUCUGACAAAUUUCUGUUUAAUAUUUAUGACUAUAUACUCAACCGUCGUUCUCCAAGAGGAAGAGUAAAAGGGAGUAAAACAAUAAAACAAUCUGAAAAAAAAAAAUCAAAUUACAAAUGUAGUUCAUGUUUUUAAUCAUUCACUUAGUAUGGAGGAUUAAAAUCACAUAUUCAAAUCGUCCAUAAAAUCGUUGAAUAAAAAGAAAUUAAAAGAUAUUUUACUAUAUCAAGAGGAGUAGGAAGACCCCCAAAAAAUGACAAUAAAAUUGUUGAGACCAUAAAAAGAAAAAGAGGCCGUCCAUAAAAAAUUAAAUUUCAAUAAAUAUGA